UGGGUGUGGACAGCAAUGGAUGCAAAGGUUCUUUCUUCUGGAGUCAGAUACUCUGAUUUGCCAGAAAGCUAUGUGAGACCUGAAUCCGAUCGUCCCCGCUUGUCCGAAGUCUCGGAAUUCGAAAACGUCCCGGUCAUCGACUUGGGGUGUCCGGACAGGAGCCAUGUUGUACAACAAAUUUCUCUUGCCUGCAUCAACUAUGGCUUUUUUCAGGUUAUCAAUCAUGGAGUUUCGAAAGAGACGGUGGAAAGGAUGUUAGAAGUAGCGCACGGCUUCUUCCAGUUGCCGGUGGAGGAGAAGUUGAAGCUUUACUCCGAUGACCCUUCAAAAACCACGAGACUUUCCACCAGUUUUAAUGUGAAAAAGGAGACUGUUCAUAACUGGAGAGACUAUCUACGCUUACACUGUCAUCCUCUCCACAAGUAUGUUCCUGAGUGGCCUUCCAAUCCUCCUUCCUUCAAGGAAAUUGUGAGUGAUUACUGCGCUGAAGUUCGAGAACUUGGAUACAGAUUACAAGAACUAAUAUCAGAGAGCUUAGGGCUGGAAAAGGAUUACAUAAAGAAGGUUCUAGGGGAGCAAGGGCAACAUAUGGCAGUGAACUAUUACCCACCAUGUCCCAAACCAGAGCUCACCUAUGGCUUGCCUGGACAUACAGACCCCAAUGCUCUUACUAUUUUACUUCAAGACCUCCAAGUUGCAGGUCUUCAGGUACUCAAAGAUGGCAAAUGGCUUGCUGUUAAUCCCCACCCCGAUGCUUUUGUUAUUAACAUCGGUGAUCAAUUACAGGCAUUGAGUAAUGGGAGGUACAAGAGCGUGUGGCACCGGGCCAUUGUAAAUGCCGAUAAGGAAAGGAUGUCUGUUGCUUCUUUCCUUUGCCCUUACGACCAUGCCUUGAUCAGCCCUGCAAAACCUCUCACUGAAGAUGGAUGUGGAGCUGUGUACAGGGAUUUUACUUAUGCCGAGUACUAUAGUAAGUUCUGGAGCAGGAACCUCGACCAACAACAUUGUUUGGAACUUUUCAAGAACUGAUUUGCCUGCCCCAUUAAAUUGGUACUUGUCAUGGUGUAAAAUAGCCACUCUUUUUAUUUUACCAAAACGCAGAACGUAAAACUUCACUAAACGACCCUAAAUAAUAAGGCAAUGUGCCAUUUUCUGAUGCCGGAAAUGGCGGCCGACUGUUUAAUUGUCC